AUGGUGAUUUGCGACGGAAUUGCGAUGGGAAUUUCCGUCGCAAAAGGGCCUCAUGCUGUUUCCCCAUCAGCUUCGCUACCCCAAGCUAACCCAUUAAGUCUGCCACACAAUACUAUUGGCGAGGGUCCGUCACACUCACGCCAGCCAAAUCCAUUAUGGUGCUUAGAGCCAAUUUAUCCUCAAGCUAACCAGGCAAGAUCUCCUCCAAACAACAUGCAUGUGUCUCAUCAAGUUGGAACUCAGCCUCCUCAGGUGCAACGUCUUCUCCCUCCACCGUCUCAGCAUGUUCCCCCACCUCUAUCUCUUCCUACGAUGCAAACAUUUAAGCUGAAUCAGCCUACUACUAAAAAUCAUGGAUUUAGACCACAACUGAACUAUCAUUCUGCUACUGCAUAUCCGGGGGGCUGGGGUCAGGCUGCACCGUGCUUUCCAGCUCUGAAACUGAGUGGCAUGGAGGGUUCUAAAAACCAGGUACCUCAAAAUCAAACAAGUGAUGAGGCAACCAACGGUGUGAAUGAUGUGAAACAUGAUGUUGAAAUACCUACACCUAAGUCUAAGCAUGAGCUUAAAGGCAAGCGCGUGAUGGAAGAGGGAGUUAAUUUUGAGAGCAAGACUCGUGGUCUUGGAAUUGUGGGAUUCACCUAUCAUGGAUUUUCCAGAGAUGGUGGAUCAUCUUCACUUAAGGUCUUUAAUAUUUAA